UAAAUACUAGUAUGGUGGAAAUCCCUAUCCCUAAAAGUAAUAUAUAAUGGAUUGAGAGAAGCAAGUAGAGGUUGGUGGAUAGAUGAUGAUCUCGGUGGCAACAUAAUUUUCACAAUAAACAAGCGGUUAAACAGAAUUACUAGAACAACGGCAACAGCAACAGAGACGAUGAGAUGGGACGACGAACAAGAACCCCAGCAGCAGCAGCAGCAGCAGCAGCAAGACGACUCUUCCUAUCUGGACUUCGAUACCCUUUCUCUCAUUCAUAAACCCAAGGAUUAUUAUCGUAUCCUCGAGGUGGAUUAUGAAGCUACGGAAGAACAAAUUCGAUCCAAUUUUAUUCGAUUAGCUCUGAAAUGGCACCCAGACAAGAAAAAAGGCGAGGAUGGCGCUACAUCCAAGUUUCAAGAGAUCAACGAAGCUUACCAAGUUUUAAGUGACCCUAUCCGCAAAGAAGAAUACGACAGGAAAGGAAUGCUAUACCUCUAUGAUUACAACAUCGUUGAUUAUCUUAAUCGUUACAAGGGUCUCAUCUUAACAUGCAAUGGGCUCGGGAUGAAGACCUCCAUCUUAUGAGAGUGUAGAUAAUAAGGCAGUUGAUGGUGAAUUUGCAGAAUUAGGUUUGUUUUAAUACUACCUGCAACUGCAACUGUUAUGUAAAGCUUUAAUUAAAUCACUGCUAUCAACUUCCAACAAAUCCAAAGUUGCAUUGUAAUAUUACUACUACUACUUUGGGUAUAUUAACCCUUGCUCUCUCUUGUGCAUAAUUUUUA